AUUUACUCGUGGUUGUGUUCUUGGCCGAAGAGCCCCAAGAAGUCAGUGGUUGAAAUGAGCUUCCAGGAUCUCCAGAGUGGCGCCAAGCCGUCUCCUUCCUCAUCGGUAGGCGUUCGUUCCCGUAGCCAGAGUCCCUCGCAGGCCGUCGCUGCGGGCAUUUUCCAGAUCAACACUGCAAUCGCUGCUUUUCAUCGACUCGUCGAUGCCAUCGGAACCGCCAAGGACACUUCCGAUCACCGUCAAAAGCUCCAUAACACGAGGCAGCGGAUACUGCACUUGGUUAAAGAUACUUCUGCUAAGCUCAAGGCCUUGACCGAUUCCGAUCGGGACACCUCCGUCAACCCGAGUAAAAAAGUAGAAGAUGCUAAACUUGCCAGAGAUUUUCAAACCACACUCCAAGAAUUUCAGAAAGCUCAACAGCUUGCCUCUGAGCGCGAGUCUACCUACUCCCCUUCUGCUCCCCCUCCGUCUUGUUCUUUAUCAGCAACCUCUGCUUCUGGUGAACAUUUUGCAAUCAACGACAACCGACCUUUUCUCUUUGAACAGAAGAGGCAGGACGUACUCUUAUUAGAUAAUGAAAUUUCCUUCAAUGAAGCAAUGAUUGAGGAAAGGGAACAGGGUAUUAGAGAAGUAGAAGAGCAAAUUGGGCAAGCAAAUGAAAUAUUUAAGGACCUUGCUGUUCUUGUUCAUGAGCAGGGAGUUGUUAUUGAUGAUAUUCAAUCUAACAUUGGUACUUCCUCUGCUUCUGCUACUCAAGCUCGAGUUCAGCUAGCAAAAGCUUCCAAAAGUGCAAAAUCCAAGUCUUCUUGGUGUUGGUGGAUGCUAGUAAUAUUUGUGAUAGCGCUGGUCAUCUUUCUACUCGUCCUCAUCAUUUAGAGCGCAAGUUCAUAUACGUGCUGUCUUGUGAGCUCUGCAGGAAUAUUCCUUUGUGCUGUACAUUUUUAUUAAGUUCGUCAAGGCACCAAAUUUUCCCUGGAUAUCUAUAUGUAUUUCCACUGUUUUUGUUUUUCUCACUCUUUCUUUUUGUUUUCUUUAGUAUUUUUUUCUCUCCUUUCGGCGGGAAUUUCUCUUUCUCUCUCUCUUUUUGGGUGUUGAGGGGAGCGGUUAGCAGUGAAGUUUUCCGUUGGUGCAACUCUCGUAUAUGUUUGUGGGUUCCAUUACUAUGGGAAAGAGUCGUUCUGUUUUCAUGUAAGAUGCGUGUAUUUGCUAGAAAAGUCCAUGUUACUUCGUCUUUUCAUGUGAGAUUUUUAUCCUGGAUACAAUCAGAACUGAAAUUGAAUGCCACGCAGUUUGAUUUGUGACUGGUUUCA